GUUUAAAAUCCAACCAUUUUAAAUGUAUUUGCUUUUUUAACUGGUCGUUUCUGUAGAUAUUGUGAUGGUUAUUAGUUGGUAGUAAAUGUUAAUUUGUCCCCGGUAGUUCGGCUUGGCUGUGAGGACGAAAACGUUUCUAACUUUCUAUAAAGUUGAAGAAAUGAAGAAAUACUUUGAGAGAACAAAUCCAGGAUUUUCUGCAGUGUUUGGUUUAAACCAAUACAUCUGGUCAAUCAGUUGAUUUCUAGUUAAAAUGUAAUGAAUGAGUCUGCUUGAAGCUGAUGGUUUAAUGAGAAUGAAAGUCUUUGUCUUCCUUGGAGGAGCAGAGGUCAGAGGUCAUCAUGGUCAGACAAACCAGGAGGAUGGAAAGGUGUUUCCUUCCUGCAGCGGGAGGCGGCGUAGCGAAGGUACGAUUCCCUGCAGGUCCUCCAGCUCAGCAGGCACCAGGAAGCUGUGACGCCCGGCCUCAGGGCAGUCCCACCGCCACGAGGGAGAAGAGAGCAGCUGAUGGGCGGAGCCAGGGAGGUCAGGGGUCGGAUGGAGGUUCAGGAGAGGCUCAGCUGAAGAGAGCGCGACAGAAUGGAACUGAGGCGGCUGCAGCUCUGGCCAAUAGGAACAAAGCCCCCGGGUCAUGUGACCCAGCAGGAGAUGGUUCUGGUUCUGACCAGCAGGGGGCAGGAGAGGACAGCCGAGCAGCUCAGCUGCAGAGCGUGGCCUCCCUGAAGGUCACCAUCCAGCAGAGCAGCGACAGCCGAGAGUUCGGUCUGGCUGACAGGAACUCCGCUGCUCUCCACUGUCAUGUCUGCAACCUCACCUGUCGCUCUCUGCAGGUGUUUCAGGAGCACAUGUCAGGGCGAGAACACCUGAGGAAGCUGCAGGACAUCACACAGAGCGUCCAGCUCAAUGCCGGCCCCCUGCUGGACAGGGGGCGUCGGCCACAGGCGCAUCGCUGGUGUGACACCUGCCAGGUCCACUUCAGCGGUGACAUCAUCGCCCACAGACGGACGGAGCAGCACAAGGUGAGAGCAGGAAGUCUGAGAGCGAGCUGCAGGCAGGAGGCUCCCUCACCAGGGGUGUGUGUGUGUGUGUGUGUGUGUGUGUGUGUGUGUGUGUGUGUGUGUGUGUGUGUGUGUGUGUGUGAGCUGCCAUUAGGCGCCCACUGUCAUGCGGCUUGGUCCACUCUGCCCUGCGGCAUGCUGGGUAACCCUCUAGCUCGCUGCCACUCUGAGCUCGCAGCCACAGAGCUAAAUGACAGGGUCGGCUCCUCCUGGACGCCCCGCGCCGCGAAUCCAGCGCUCCUCUCUGCUACCCUGCAAUUAACUCACACAGAGCCGGAGGAGGAGGAGGAGCAGCUAAUGUGAUGAAGGUGUGAGAGCAGCCAUGAGACAGGAACACACUGUACCACCAGAACCGAGAAACCGGGUUACAGAACCAGGACCAGAACCAGGACCAGUGAUUUACUGCUGAUCUGAAUCUGCAGCAGCAAAAACUCAG